CCUCUGGCCGUUCACACCGCAGCUGGACGCCGACCUGUCCGCAGCGUUGGCCAUGGACACCUUGGGCAGGCUACUCCUCCUGACCGCACUGCUCCUGGCGCCCGCCGAGGCCCAGCAGGAGCGCCGCCUGAAGCCCUGGCUGGUGGGCCUGGCCGCAGUUGUAGGCUUCCUGUUCAUAGUCUUCGUCCUCAUGCUGGUCAACCGUGUCUGGUGCUCUAAACCCAGGCCAGAUGAUGAAGAGGUGAGAGUCAGAAUGGAGCCCAGUGAGAACGAGUACACGGAGCCAAGUAAAAAGGACAAGAAGAAGCAGAAAAAGAAGGUGGACAAGAAGGAUGGUCACAGCAACGCGGGCUUGGAGCUGGAGGAGAAGGAAUCCUCCAGUGACGAGAGAAGCAAGAAAACAGCCUUGUGAAGCCUCCUGCAGCCUGGGGGAGCCUCUUCAUACCACAGCCUAGUAUCGCCUGGAUCUCAAAACUGUCUUCAAAUAAGGAAGCCAGCUCUGCCUGCCAUGUGUCCAUGUGUCGCCCAUCCCCAUGCACGCCCUCACCGUCAGCCUGUGCCCUCUCCCUCUCCUCUGCUCUCCAGCCCCCAGCCAUCCUCUGCCACAGCUACGCCAGCCCCCUAGGCAAGCAUCGCCCGACUGUACCCUUCCUCUUUUCCGAUGGCCCUGAGCCCCUGAGCCCCUGCGCAGCUCCUGGACGGCCUUGCGCCCUCUAGUGGAAGCCCCGUGGCCCGCACUUUCUCAGCCAGGGUCUCUCUUCUUUGGACUAUUCUCCCAUGGUCAUCUGGUUCUUGCUGAGGACAGUUUUCUGAGGGGUCUUUUGCUUCAUGUGAUCAGGGGUGGCUGUUUUCGGGGGAUACUUCCUUCCAGCCCCUUCACUUAAUAAAGACCCUACUGUUC